AUGAACAUUGAGAUCAGUAACACCAUUCAGACUUCUGAACAAGAAAACGAGAUUAAAAAAAAUAACAAUAAGCUGCUCUUUGGUCGGUUUUUCGCAAACUCUAAUUUCGUUCAAGAACGUCUUUUGAAUGUUCCGAAUAGUCUCCAUCAAAUCUUCGAAAUUCACGUCUUACACUGGUUAUAAUAUAUCGUCGACCGUAAUCUUAGAACCAAUCUUGUGACUAUUAUCAGUUUUAUUGGGUAAUUUUCAGACUUCUUGGAACCCAUUAUUUUAUCUCGUGAUCCUCUUUUCUUAACUGGUGAUUUUGACAUGAGCUUUGAUAAUCACAAUCAUACGGCGGCUUGUCAUUUCUUUGAUUUAUCGGAGUUGAUAUCAUUAAAUCGACGCGUGUCGGAAUCAACACAUGAACUGGGCCAUGGAUGCGAUAAUUAA